AAGAUAUAAAAUAUGUCACAAGGAAUCUAGUACCAAACUUUGAAGGCAAAAUGUCUUAUCAAAUAGCAUCUGAACCACAGAUACCAAAUGCAGAAUCAAAGAAAUUGACUCCUGAGAAUCACUUAGCAGGUGUAGAAUCUUCUACAUUGAUCCACAGACAGCAUUUGGGACAUAUAAAACCAGUAGAGAAGAUCACAGCCUGAAAGCAAGAAGAGUUAACGCCAGGGCCACAUUUGGAAGGCGUAAAAUCUAUGGAGUUGAGGUCAAAGUCAGAGCUGGGGAAAAUCAUAUCUAAGCUGUCAACCCCGGGGAUACAAGCAGGAGAUAAGGAACGUGAGGAGCUGACUCCAGGCUCCACCUUGAAAGGUUUAAAAUCCGAGUUACCACCUUCAGGACCACAGUUAGAAGACAGGAAACCUGCAGUCUUAACUCUAGGACAAUGUCUAGAGAGGAUAAAAUCUACAGUGAUAUCCCCAAGUAGUUCCCAGUCAGGUGGUAUGAAAUCUGUGAAGUUGAUCCCGGGUUCAAGAAUUCAGGAUUUGAUAACUGUGGGGUUGGCCCAUGAUGCACGUGUGCAAGAUAUAAAUGCCAUGGGCUUAGAACGUGAACCAAAGAAGCAAGGGGAGAGUCCCAGGACUUUUGCACCAGGGAUGCUGUUUCAAGAUAAGCCUAUGGAGGUGUUGCAAGAGCCUCAUCAACACAAUGUAAAACCCAAGGAACUGACUUCACGGCCACAAACACAAGAUAGCAAACGUGUGAUUGUCUCAUGUCUGAAGCAGCAAAGUCUAAAACCUGUGAAGAAAGCCAAAACACAAGGGAUCCAAGGAGUAAAAUUCAUGGAUUUAGUCUCCACACAACAGUAUCAAGGGAGGGCACCCAUGGAUUUAACUCUUGAGCCCGGAAGGGAUGAACACAUAAGCUCAGCAGAGUGGAAAGGUGGGAUGUUCGACCAGCUCAACAAACAGUUGGAGUCAGAAGAUAUAUUGUCUCUGAGGUCAGAACAAGAACCCAAACCUGCAAGUAGAAAACCCAUAGAGCUCAGCUCUAAACUACAAUGUAAAGAUGCACCCUCAUUUGAAUUGGCUCCUGAACCAGUUGUUCAUAAUGUAAAAGCUCAAGAGGUCCAAUAUGGGCCACAGGCACUAAGUAUGAAACCUUGUCCAUUGACUCCAGAAUCACAGGUGUACCAAGUGAAAGCCUUGGAGCCAAUGUUAGAGCCACCGCUUCAGGAUGCGAGAACUGUGGCACUAAAUACUGAACCACAAAGUGCAAGUACAAAAUCUGUUCAGUGGAUACGAGCAUCUGAGUUUCAAAGGGAGAAAUGUAUAGGGUCAAACUUUAGGUUACAGUCUCAAAGUGCCAGCCCUACAGAAUUGAAGCUGUCUGCACAAAGGAGAGGUGUGAGGUCAUCUGAAUUGACUGUCAGGUCAAAAAUUCAAGGAGAAAAAUCCAGAGAGUCUCAUCUUGAGUCACAGUUACAGCAAGUAAAAACCUCUCCGUUAGCACUAGGGCUGCAGAAAACCAAAACUUUUAACUCCUGAGCCUCAGCCUCAAGGGAUCAAAAC